CUAUCGGCAUCCCUGAAAUGGCAAGCCUAACUGAAGAUUAAUUCACUCCUUUUGGUGUGUGUGCUCAUGAUAAGAAGGAAGAACAGCUUGCACUCUUGUCAUGGGAAUGAACAGGUUGCCAGCAUCUUUGGCCAGCCUAAGCUCAUUCAUUCUUCAUACAACAUAUAGAAGCCAAUGCAGCUGAAAAGGUGAGAAGGACUACAACCCCCACCAACUAUCAACAUCCCCUAUCUGUCUAGGCUUGGAAUAUCGCGCCGUUUUAUUGGAUGAAACAGGCUCAUGGAAGCUAGUGAUUGGCUGUUGCUAGAGACGCCUGCGCGUUGCACACGGAGGGCGGAACUAAGGAGUUACUUGGUCCUGCAAAGAAGGCGCUUGGAGGAGCGUCUGUAUUCUAUUGUUUCAAAUGUUGGGGUUGGUGACCUUUGAAGAUGUGGCUGUGUAUUUUACCAAGGAGCAGUGGGCGCUGUUGGACCCUGACCAGAGAACUUUGUAUAGGGAAGUUAUGCUGGAAAAUUAUGCGAAUCUGGCUACACUGGGAGUUCAUGUUGUCAAACCUGAUCUCAUCUCCCGUCUGGAACAAGGACAGGAGCUGUGGGUGCCAGAUUCCCAGGCCUUGAAUGGACGAAAGAUCUCUGAUACCACCUCGGAUAACCUUAGGAAAAAGCACUUGUGCACCGUGUGUGGGAAACGCUUUACUCAGAAACCGAACCUUAAUAGACAUCUGAGAAUCCACACAGGAGAAAAGCCUUAUAAAUGCUCAGAAUGUGGCAAAUGUUUUGGUUGUCAGUCUCACCUUGUGAGCCACCAGAUUGUCCAUACCGGUGAAAAGCCCUAUAAAUGCCUGGUGUGUGAUAAACACUUUGCUCGCAAAGCACAUCUUGCCAGACACCAGGGAAUCUAUGCGGGAGAGACUCCGUAUAAAUGCUCGGUAUGUGGGAAAUGUUUUGCAUGCCAGUCUCAGCUGGUGAUUCACCAGAGAUACCACACAGGAGAGAAGCCUUAUAAAUGUGUGGACUGUGGGAAAUGUUUUGCUGACCCUUCAGCACUUGUGAGCCAUAAGAGAAUCCAUGCAGCAGACAGAUCCCAUAAAUGCAGUGAAUGUGGGAAGAGCUUUGUUCAGCAGUCUCAUCUCGUGAAACACCAGCGAGUCCAUACAGGAGAGAAACCAUAUAAAUGCACUGACUGUGGGAAAUGUUUUGCAGACCGUUCAGUCUUUGCGAAACACCAGAGAGUCCACACCGGCGAGAGGCCUUACAAAUGCCUGGAGUGUGGGAAAUCUUUUGCCCGUCAAGAGCACCUUGGAAGCCACCGGAGAGUUCACACAGGAGAGAAACCAUAUAAAUGCUCAGUGUGUGGGAAAUGUUUUGCCCGCCAGUCGCAUGUCGUAAGCCACCAGAGGGUCCACACAGGAGAGAAACCUUGCAAGUGCUUAGAGUGUGGGAAAUGUUUUUCUGAGCGGUCAACCUUUGUGAGGCACCAAAGGAUCCACACAGGCGAGAAACCAUAUCGGUGUUUGGAUUGUGAGAAAUGUUUUGCUUCUCCUUCACACCUUGCAAGGCACCACAGACGACACACAGGAGAGAAACCUCACCGUUGCCCAGAUUGUGGGAAAGGGUUUGCUGAUCGCUCAGCCUUUGUGAAGCACCAAAGAGUUCACACAGGAGAGAAGCCCUAUAAAUGCACAGAGUGUGGGAGAUGCUUUGCUAACCGAACACACUUGGUAACCCACCAGCGAGUCCACACAGGAGAGAAACCUUAUGCCUGCUUGGAGUGUGGGAAAAAGUUCAGUGCAAAUAGAAGCUUAAUUCAGCAUCAAAGACAACAUAUAACCUAUCCUCUAGCCCAGUGUAUGCAGAACAUGUUACUUAGAAACCAGGCCCUGCGUGAAGCUGGAGAGGCUGGGCAGGCAAAGAAGUUAUAUGACUGGCUUGAGUCAGGGAAAUGGCUCAACCUCCAAGGAAGCCUUGUUUGCAAUGAAGGUAUCCACAAGGAAGGGAAAACCUUAACGAUGUCUUGAUCACUUCCAAGUGGCCUUUCAUCAAAAGCCUUGACUUGCAUUAAUGUUCCAAGGGGUGGCAUUGUUGCAGCGGACUGGAUUGCAGGCCAUUGGAAUAAGCGGCGCUGAGGCCAAAAGGAACUUUCAGCAGAUUUAAAAACUGGUUGGGGUCCCCAGCAUAGGGAUUCUUAAUAGAAAACCUCACCGCAAAACAGAAGACAUUUUGAGCACUUUCGGACUGGUCAGCUGUGGGCUUCAAAAUUUCCACUCGAUGUUGACUUAAAAAAAUAAUGAAAUACUGCAUAUCAUUGCGUGUCAGCUACUGUAGAUACAAAAUAGAAGUGUAUGAUGGUUAUCAAAUACUGUAAACCAUUCUGUUUCAGCUACCCACUGCGUCAAAUAGUAGCAUUAUUGCAUGUCAGUGAUUAACUACGAAUAUCUUUGCAUGCCAGCUUUCAAACAGGCCUAAAUAUUCUCGCAUGCCAUCUGUCAAUUCUGAAUAGUGUUGCAUGUUGGCUAACGCAAACAGUCAAAUACUAAAUAUUACUGCAUGUCAGCUAUCGGAUACAAAGCCCUUCAGCUUGGCAAUUACAAAAGUAACAAAUAUCACUCGUGUGAAAACAAGUGUGCUUGAAGCAGUUAGGAGACCUGGGUUCAAGUUCCCCCUCUGCCAUGAAGUUCAUUGGCUAGCCACAAACUCUUCAGCCUAACCUUCACUGGGUUGUUGUGAUCAUAGAACAGGAGAGGGGAGAAUCAUGUGAGUUUCCUUAGCAUCCUGGAGAAAAGAAGUGUAAAAAAAAUCUAAUAAGUACAUUUUAUUGGCUCCAGCUUGUGGAGCAUGAUGGGGGACAUAGAACUGGAUGUAGUCCCUUCCAUGAGUAUAAGGGAAGAUAUCCAGUCAAGAUUUAUCUGAAAACCCGUGUCUCAAAGAAAACUGGGGGAAGGGAAUUCUCUCCACAGAACCUGCGUUAGGAAUCCACACCCAAGAAGAGACCUAUGAAUAUCUUGAUUGCAGCUGGGAAAGGCUAGCCUGUCUUUUGUCUUAAGAACUCUUCUGAGAAAUGAGCUGUCCUGGCCACUGUGUGACAGUUACUGGGAGUCCAGUCUGCAGAAAAAAGGUUCUCUUUUGUACAAAAAGUUAAACUUUGUGGCAUAAAAUCUCUUCAAUUAAUGUAGAAAAUGAUUAAAGUUGAGUUUCCACAAAGAA